GCUUUUGAUUUCAAGGCUCAUUGUAUUAGACGUUUGAGUUGAAAAUGAAAGUAUUAUAAUUUUAUUUUGCUCUAGGUUCUAAAAUUGGAAUAAAAAUAAUAUAGACAGUCAAGCCCGAAAUUAUUCAUACCCCUGGCAAAUUCUGAAUUAGUUACUUUUUUCAACCAGCAAGUUUUUUCUUGAUUAGAAAUGACACAGGAGGCAUCAUUGUGCUCACACAAGCUCGAUUGGACUUUGCAAAUGCUCAUCUGGACAAAGAAGACGACUUCUGGUUUCAUUUGGCGUAAAAAAAGCUUUCAUUUGGCGUAAAAAAAUAAGUCUUCAACCCUAAGAACACCAUCCCCACUGUCAAACAUGGUGGUGGAAACCUAAUGUUUUGGGGUGUUUUUCAACCUAAUCACAGUAAAUGGCACCAUGAAAAAGGAGAAAUACAUCAAAAUUCUCAAGAACAACAUCAGGCAGUCUGCAGAGAAACUUGGCCUUGGGCACCAGUGGACAUUUCAGCACGACAACGACCCAAAGCACACAGCAAAAGUGGUGAAGAAAUGGUUAGCAGACAAAAACAUUAACCUUUUUCAGUGGCCCAGCCAGAGUCCUGACUUAAAUCCGAUUGAGAAUCUGCGAAGGGAGCUAAAGAUCAGGGUGAUGGCAAGGAGACCAAGGAGGACAAAAAUACCAGUGGAGACGUGCAAAAAGCUGCAACCAGGCAUUGGUGGAGAAGUGACUCCGCAUCAGGAUGCGACCUUCCUGUAUACGGAGCCUUUGGGCCAAGUGAUGGGAGUGUGGAUCGCUCUAGAAGACGCAACCCUCGAUAAUGGCUGUUUGUGGUUCAUACCAGGCUCACACAGGAAUGGAAUCACCAGGCGGAUGGUACGAGCCCCAAAAGGAACAUUCCCUUUGACUGACUUCAUUGGUCGAGAACAAAUUUACAAUGACUGUCUCUUCGCACCAGCACCUGUCAAGAAAGGGGGUUUGGUUCUAAUCCAUGGUGAAGUGGUCCACCGAAGCGCCGCCAACACCUCAGACUCAUCACGUCACGUUUACGCCUUCCACGUCAUGGAAUCCGAGAACACGUGCUGGAGCCCUGAGAACUGGCUACAGCCGACCGAGGAGCUUCCAUUCCCGUCGCUCUACACCUAAUGCUCCAAGCACCUGCUUUGUUCUAAUCACCCAGUUAAUUACAAGUCUUAAAAAAAAAAAAAUCAUUGAUUUUGGAACAUUUAACUGUCUAUGUACGUAAUUUAGCAUUUUAAUGAUUUUUAGGCUAUAUUUCCAUAUUUGCAUAAACAAACCAGAAUAUUCUUAGACAUGUUUUAAUUAUUUUAUUAAUAUCAUCACUAUGCAUGAUGUUAAUCAAUAAAUAUAAUAACGUUCUAUACCUUAAAAACCCUGUUAUACGUUUUGGAUUUUUAUUUUUCAUUUCAGUGAUUUUGGAAACUUUGGAUUUUAUUAGGUUAAAUGGAAUUAAGAAAUGAAUCUGGUUUUAAGUCCCUGUACAAAUGCACAUAUAAAGACAUAAUCUAUAUUUCAUGUAUCAAAAACUGCAUAGAUAAAGUCUUUACAUGCCUGUUAAAAUGGCUGGUUUUGUUUUUGUAAUGUAUCAAUAAGAUUGAAUGUGAUUGGCUCGUUCUGAACACAUCCACAUCCCUAAUUAUAAAAGAGUGUGUACAAUAAUGCAGCCAGGUUAGAGCAAACUGUUUAAUUUUUCCACUUGUCCCUUAAAGAAUUGUGAUUAUCUUGGUUUAAUAGUUUUUCUAUGUUAUUUAAUAGGAGUGUGGUAUAUUUUUAUAUCCAUUGUAACAUUACAUGAAAUAGAAGAGAACUCAACUUUAUGCCCUCUAGUGGCUGACCGGAAAACUGCUAUUGCAACCACCUCUACUUUGUUUUGCUGUUACUUGUUCUGCCAAGAACAGACACUUGACUAAAAGAGCUUUUUACUAAAAGAGCAGAAACAGAGCUACUUUUAGAUUAUUUUGUCAUGCUUUCUUUUCUUAAUUUUGUCUACAAACUCCCAACUGUAUCGUAAUUAUUUAUUCAUAAAUAAACAAAUCGUCACAUUAGCUAUUUACAGCCUUCUACUUACCAGAAUGACUGUAUCGGUAACGAUCAAACUCAUUUGACAUUCUUAAUGCUGCAAAUCAAUAUCAAUGAUAAAAGACCUAAAAAUUUCAAUGAAUCGUUUAUACAAUAACAUGCAAAUGAGCACAAGGAACAUAGCAACUCUUUAUUUGAAAAAUGUCAAGAAUACACACACAACUGUAAUUGAAACACCACAUUGUUUUAUAAAUUAACAUUCAGAAAUAAAAAUGUCACUUAAAAAUAUCAGCUCUUCGCUAAGAAAAUUGCUGGAAAUCAGUGUGGAGUUUGUGCAACAAUCCUGAUGUUUUUCCAAGAGUCUCGGUCUCAGAAAGCUGAUAGUUUUUGUUCUUUUAUAACAACAUUUGGUGUAAAUCUUCUCACAUACUCUCUAAUCAGGUGCUGACUGACUGCAAGCACAAUGCAGGUGAAAGUCAUUUUUCUCAAAAACAAAUUAUUCUAAUAAAAUGCAAUGGUGUCAUGUGA